UGGGCCGGUCCAUUGUUCCGCCAGGGCGGGGGGAGCCGGGCAUUCCAGUCCGGAACAUUCAGGAAGGAAGUGGGGCAGUUGGACGGUCCACACCUGCCUGAGGUGAGCCGUGGGGUCUUCCAGAACCACCCACAGAAACUUCCCAAGCGCUCCUGCUCAAAUGUGCGCUCCCGGAUAAACAAGGUCCGGACCAGAACCGGUUCGGCGCCCGGAAACAUGGCAUCGAGGCUGGAGCCAAACAGGGAGGAACUUUUGGAAGUCAGCAUAUGUGACCACGGCGUGGGUUCCGAGGAAGAGAGCGGCGUGUUCCUCCACUCCACGGAUGAUUUCUGCGGCUUCCAGCAGUGGACGAACAAUGACGCAUCAUCAUCCUCAUCCUCUUCUUCAUCGUGUCCGGCUCAACAGGAGUCCUGCGGGGACCCCGCCCCCCAGGGCAGCGACCCGGAGCCCACGACCCCCCGGAGCUCCAUCGUGGACUGCCUGCUGGUGGAGAUCUACGACGCGUACAGCGGCAGGAGGAACGCGGACAGCUGGGACAGCUCCACGGAGGCGUCCGGCUCCGACGCCUUCCUGGGCCGGAGCAACUCCGGGUCCGGCUUCCUGCAGGAGCUGCAGGAGAGACACACCAGGAGGCUGCAGAUGAGCUACCUGGCCCAGAAAGACCUGCAGGAGCUGCGCUCAAUCAUCCAGGAGGUGAAGUAUCGCUCGGGCCUGCAGUCCACCAAGCUCAUCCGGCAGCUGAAGAGACGGGACCAGCUUUACCACAAACGCCAGAAGAACUAUGACAUCAUCACGGCGUGCCUGCAGGCCGUCUCACAGAAGCGACGUGUUGACACAAGGCUGAAGUUCACUAUUGAGCCAUCGCUGGGAAACAAUGGCUUCCAGCAGUGGUACGAUGCUCUGAAAUCUGUGGCACGGCUUCCCACUGGGGUCCCAAAGGAAUGGAGAAAGAAGGUUUGGCUGACGCUGGCAGACCAGUACCUCCACAGCAUCUCCAUCGACUGGGAGAAGACGCUUCGUUUCGCCUUUAACGAGCGCAGCAACCCGGACGACGACUCCCUGGGCAUCCAGAUCGUCAAGGAUCUGCACCGGACGGGCUGCAGCUCUUACUGUGGCCAGGAGGGGGAGCAGGACAGGGUGGUGCUGAAGCGGGUUCUCCUGGCGUACGCCCGCUGGAAUAAAACGGUGGGUUACUGCCAAGGGUUCAACGUUCUGGCUGCCCUGAUCUUGGAGGUGACGGAAGGCAACGAGAGUGACGCGCUGAAGGUGAUGAUCUACCUCAUCGAUAAGGUUCUGCCGGACAGUUACUUCGCCAACAACCUGCGAGCUCUAUCAGUGGACAUGGCGGUGUUCAGGGAUCUGCUGCGCGUGAAGCUGCCCAGACUGUCGCAGCACCUCCACCACCUGCAGAAGGCGGCCAACAGAGAGGCUGGAGGCAGCUACGAGCCUCCGCUCACCAACGUCUUCACCAUGCAGUGGUUCCUCACCAUGUUCGCCACCUGCCUGCCGGCGCCCACCGUUCUCAAGAUCUGGGACUCGGUUUUCUUCGAGGGGUCCGAGGUUCUGUUCCGGGUGGCUCUGGCCAUCUGGGAGAGGCUGGGGGAGAGAAUCGAGGACUGCCAGACGGCCGACGAGUUCUACAGCACCAUGGGCGCUCUGACUCAGGAGAUGCUGGAGAACAACCUGAUCGAUCCCGCCGAGCUCCUGCAGGAGGUCUACUCCAUGGCCGUGUUCCCGUUCCCCCAGCUGGCCGAGCUGAGAGAGAAGUACACCUACAACAUCACGCCGUUCCCCACCUCCGUGAAGUCCAGCAGAAGCAGCGGUGCGGGCGGCUGGGACAGCGAGGACGACGCCGACAUGGACGACGAGGACUCGGUGGCCACGGCGCUCGGCUGCCUGGGGCCCCUGGGUGGCCUGUUGGCCCCCGAGCUGCAGAGAUACCAGAAACAUCUCAAAGACCAGCGAGUCGAGCAGGGGAGCAUCGCGGAGCUGAGCCCGGGGGCGGUGGCGGCGGGGGGAGGAAGCGCCAAAGCAGAGCAUCAGGCGGCCAUCAACAGCAUGAUGAUGGAGCGGAUGAGCACGGACAUCACCGCGCUCAAGAAGCAAUACACGCGAAUCAAGAGGCGGCAGCAGCAGCAGGCUAUGCAAUUCUACAUCCGCACAGGACCUGGAGCUGAAGUGGCCACAAACCCAGGAGUUCCUCUGGAGGGUCCCGACAAACGGAGCGACAGCGCUGAGUCCAACGCUCACGACAAAUGUCCCGCCACCCGCGUCCUGCCGUCCCAGCUCAACCCGUCCAGCGCCGUCAUCAACCACCUGCUGCUAGGACGGAAACACCGCGGCGCCUCAGGACCCUGCCGGCCCAUCGCCGCCAGCACGCCGUCUCUUCCGGGCUCUCCGUCCAGGCGCCGCUGUGGGUCGCUGCUCUCCAACAGCACCGGAUCCCCAGGGAGCUCCAGGGGUUCUCCUUGGCGGGCCCACGUCCGGCAGCAUCGCAGAAAUGUGGCCCGGGCUCGGGCACAGCUUGGAUUUGGAGGUUCUGAGGAAAGGGAAGAUGAGGAGGAGGAGGAGGAAGGGGAAUCGGUUCAGGGGAGGAAGGAUGAGGACGAGGCUCCAUCUCCUGGUGGAAGUUCCGGAUGUGAAGAAGCUCCUCAGGAUGCGGAGGAGACAGAGGAGGUGAAGGUGGAGGAGGUGGUGGUGCAACUGGACUCCCUGGACCUGGAGAAUGAACCAAGCCAGACGUCUGAUCUGGAUCCAGAACCUGAAGAAGGAGAGAGUGAACCUGCAGCUCCCAUCCCACUCCUCCCUCCUCCUCCGUCCUCAAGCAGACACCAGGAGUUGGACUCCUCCGGUUCUGAGGCACGCUGUGCUCCUGCUUCACCUCCUCGUGUUCAGAGCCCCUGCCACAGCGAUCCUCCUGCAGAACCUUCCGCGUCCACUUCACCUCCUUCUCUGGCUCCGUCUCCUCCAGGUCCAUCACCCUCGGUUUCUCCACCCCUGACCCCCAUCCCGUCAUCUUCAUCCGCCACUGGCUUCUCCUCUCCUUCUCCUCCUCCUCCCUCCUCUCUGGACAGAACCUGCUCCCCCUCCACCCCGUCACUCUGCUCCGUCUCCUCGUCCAGGUCCAACGUCUCCUCGUCCUCGUCCACGCCGGCGUUCCCGGCGGCCGCCUCGGCUCCCCGGCAGCAGAUCUUCUCCCCGUUCCCGUCGAUAAAGCAGCCCAGGAAGUCUGCGGCGGCCCGGAACCUGGGCCUCUACGGACCCACGUCCAGAACCCCCGCCGUCCAUUUCCCCCAGCUGAGCCGAAACCUGAACCGCAGCAGCGGCGCCGGGACCACGGGCAGGCGGUGAAGCGCCGCGCCGGGACCACCAGACUGCCUGCUGCGCACUGAGCAACCCCCCCCUCAGGUCCGGAGGGAGGAGAGAAGCUGCAGAGAUGGUUCUGCUUCCAUAAUCUUCUCAUUUAAAAGCCAUUAGAGACAGACCGGGUCAGAACCCGUCUUAAAGGCCUUCAGGCAGUGAGAAGGUGAGCUUCAGGAGGAUGGAGACGAGACGUCCACAGAAGCUUCAGUGUUCGCUCCAGAACCUCGCAGUCGUUUCUCUGCCAAGUAUUUAGCUGCACCUGCUGGAUGGAGAUCCAGAAAGUUCUGUUUUUUGUUUUCUGUCAGUAAAAUUGUUCUGUGUCGUCUGAUUCUGAUUCACUGGAAACCCAGAAUGUAUCGUCCUGUCAGUCAUAAUGAAAGAAUGAAUGGGAAUACUCA